GACGGAGUCCAUAGGCACCAACCACACAGCAGUCUCAACCUUAGCCAUAACCAUGAAAACCUCACCUAUGCUCACUCCUCUGGUGCUCUUCCUCCUCUUCUCCCUAGCCAAAGGGCUGAACCCUAACUGUGAUGUCCAUGAGCAUGGCUCAACCCUUAAAGUGUUCCAUGUGUUCAGCCCUUGUUCCCCAUUCAGGCCCUCAGAGGGUCUGUCAUGGGAAGAGAGUGUCCUACAGCUAGAGGCCAAGGACCAGGCCAGGAUGCAGUACCUUUCCAACUUGGUAGCUAGAAGGUCAAUUGUCCCAGUUGCCUCGGGCAGACAAAUCACACAGAGCCCUACAUACAUUGUUAAGGCCAAGAUAGGUACCCCAGCUCAGACCCUUCUCUUGGCCAUGGACACCAGCAAUGAUGCUGCUUGGGUCCCUUGCACUUCCUGUGUUGGUUGCUCUACACUCAAACCCUUUGCCCCUGCCAAAUCCACCUCCUUCAAAAAACUUCCAUGUUCUGCUCCUCAGUGCAAACAGGUACCAAACCCCACUUGCGGUGGAAGCGCGUGUUCUUUCAACUUCACCUAUGGCACUUCCUCUGUGGCAGCGGGUCUUGUCCAGGACACGGUUACCCUAGCCACCGACCCAGUUCCAGGCUACACCUUUGGAUGCGUUCAAAAGGCAACAGGAAGCUCAUUUCCAACACAGGGGCUAUUGGGCCUGGGCCGAGGCCCAUUGUCACUAUUGGCCCAAACCCAAAAUCUCUACCGAUCCACAUUCUCCUACUGCUUGCCCAGCUUCAAAACACUCAACUUCAGUGGGUCACUGAGACUUGGGCCUGUGGCCCAGCCCAAGAGGAUCAAGUUCACCCCUCUUCUCAAAAACCCUAGAAGGUCAUCACUGUAUUAUGUGAACUUGGUGGCUGUUAGAGUUGGCCGGAGAAUUGUUGAUAUCCCGCCGGAGGCUUUGGCGUUCAACCCCGCCACCGGUGCCGGCACCAUUUUCGAUUCCGGUACGGUGUUCACCCGGCUGGUUGAACCGGCCUACACCGCCGUCCGGAACGAGUUCCGGCGGCGAGUCAGCGUCGGGAAGAAACUCACCGUGACAAGGCUAGGAGGGUUUGACACAUGCUACACGGUCCCCAUAGUUGCGCCAACCAUAACGUUCAUGUUCUCCGGCAUGAACGUGACACUCCCGCCGGACAAUACCCUCAUACACAGCACCGCCGGCAGCAUCACGUGCUUGGCCAUGGCGGCGGCGCCCGACAACGUGAAUUCGGUGCUGAACGUGAUCGCCAACAUGCAGCAACAAAACCACCGUGUGCUCUACGACGUGCCCAACUCAAGGAUCGGUGUUGCUCGUGAACUUUGCACCUAAUAUGCAUGCAUGACGAUGAGUGGUUCUAGGUCAAAAAAAUUUCAUGAUUUGUGGGAACAAUAAUAACGAUAAUAGUGUUGCAUUGAAAUUUGAAGUUACUCCUAUGUUGGUGUUUGAUCUAUAUAUGAUAUGGGUAGGGUUUUGGCAUAUCACUUUAUUGCUAAGUAUAUUUAUAGGCAUUGCAAAGUUAUAUUUGUAGCAUGAAAAAUGGUUAUGUUUGGAGCUUUGUAA